GUAUUAUUAACUUAUUAACGUAAGUUUCAGACUCAAAAACAUCGACACUCUGUCCUGUUUUGUACAAACCGAGCUCAGCGUGAUGCUAAGUUAGCUUCACAGCCAACAAAAUGAGUUUAAUGCCUCCUCCCGGCUCAAUCAUAGCAGCUGACUGGCAUCGAUGUGAAGACAGCAAAGAGUAUUUCAGCAAAAUCCUUCGCAAGAAGAGACGCAAGAACUUUGGCCUGUUGGAGUCUCCAGUGAUGCCCCCACACGUAGCGGUGGACACAGUUCACUACAAGAUCUUCAUCUCAGGCAAAAGUGGAGUCGGGAAAACGACACUUGCUGCACGUCUUGCAGGCCUGAAUAUUCCUAACAUGCACUAUGAAACCACAGGUAUUGAGACAACAGUGGUGUAUUGGCCUGUGAAGCUGAGAGAAAGUGGCAGAGUACUUUUCUUCCGUCUGCAGCUGUGGGACUGUGGAGAAAACGCCUUACGGAGAUUUGACCAUUUACUUCCGUCCUGUAAGGAGCAGGUGGAUGCCGUUCUCUUCUUGUUUUCCUUCACUGACCGGACGUCUUUUGAUGAUCUGUCCAAUCAAAUUGCAAAGUGGACCGGGCUGUCUGUGGGCAGAGUUGUGAAAUUGGUGGUUGGCACUAAAUUUGACCUUUUCAUGCACUGUGAUGUGGCGGAGAGAGAUGUGAGGGACUUCCAGGACACUUGGAGCUUACCAGUGCUGCGUACCGGUGGGGAGGUCAGUGACGGCCUGGGUGAUGUAGCCCCAAUCCUCAACUGCCUGGCAGAGAACCUGUGGCAUCAGGACUGUGUCACAGCUGGAUCAGCUGGCCACCACACACAGCAAGAGACAGGAACCCUAUUUUGAUACUGAACAUGAUUUUAAACAGGUGGCAGUUGAAGUGGAUUGGACUCCAGGUGAGGUCUGGUUGUCUUAUCUUUGAGGGACGGCACUUAGCAGCUGGUCUGGGAGGAUGCGGCUGUUGGGAUCUGUUCUGUUUAAUGCGAAUCACCACAUCAAUCAUCCCAUCUCAUUUCAGCAGGGUGUUGAAUCAUGAUAUGAGAUCAAG